AUGGCGCAAGAGCAACGGCGCGGCGCGACGUCGAGCGCGAUCACGCUCCGAGGGUCGACCGAGCUCGUGACGGAGUUUUUCGGGUACGCGGUGAACACCAUCUUGUACCAGCGCGGGGUGUACCCGGCGGAGGAGUUUGAACGAAAGAAAAAGUACGGACUCGGGGUGAUGGUGACGAACGAACCGAAAUUAAAGGAAUACUUGGUCGCCGCGCUCGAACGCGUGAACGCGUGGUUGAUGGAGAAGGAUUUGAAAAAGUUGGUGCUGGUGCUCGCGGACGCGAAGACUGGGGAGACGCUGGAGCGCUGGACGUUCGACGUGGAGACGGAUGCGGAGAUCGUGGAUGAGAACGGUGGUGAUGCGAACGGAACGACGACGACGACGACGACGACGACGACGACGACGACGACGACGACGAGGGAGAAGCCGGAGAAGGAAAUUAUGCAAGAGAUACAAGCCAUCAUUCGGCAAAUCACGGCUUCGGUGACGUUUUUGCCUCUGCUCGAUCGCGAGUGCGCGUUCGAACUCUUGGCGUACACGGACGCGGCGAGCGCGACGCCGGAGGAGUGCGAAGAGAGCGAUCCGAAGUAUGUUCGAGACGGCGUCGAGAUGCGGUUGCGUUCGUUUAGCACGAAGAUCCAUACCGUCGACGCGGGGGUGUCGUACAAGACGGAGGACGACUGA